AUGGCCACCACUGCAGCACCCCAAGCAGAUGUCUAUCCUUCUCCUUUCCCGGCGCCUUCAAAGUCAGCAUCGGGUCUCAUUGAAGAUACACUCACUGAAGUCUCGUCCACCAUUUUCUCCGACAAGAUCUUCAUCACAAUAUCUCAAGCUGGCAAGCUAGCACACUGGGUUCACGUUCCGCUCUCCACAGCUUCGGCGGACCCCAUGAGCUCUGGACCAGUUUCGAGCUACGAUUCAGAAAAUAACCUGCUGCCAAUGAGCCACUUGACUGCGACUACCGUUCUCGGCGGCACUAAGCGUGAUGAAGAAGUCAUUGGUCAGACUAUAGCCACCACUAUUGCCAGUGCCAUUCUCAUGAAGCGGCCUCAUGAAGAGCGGCUUCUUGUGUUGGGAGUGGGGUUGCAGAGCGGUAUGGCUGGGCGGACGCAGUUUGAUGAGAUCACUGGCCUGGUUUUGGAAGUGUUGUAA